AAUAAAGUGACCGAGCUCAGAGAUCCUGUAUGCUACUAUACAUUAAACCACCACAACAUGUUUUUAAAUGGGAGGCUGAAGUGGAUAGGCUGCUUUAGAGUGUGAUGAAUAACUUAUAAGAAAUUAUAUUAAAUGAGAUUUCCCUUCAACAUUGUUUCUCUUCUUUAAUCAGGAAUGGAUGUUACAAAUCAAAGCCAAUUGGACAUGCAGUGUAAUCUUAUCAAUGCUUUGAUGUACUACUGCUUAUCAAAUUACAUGGAUGCCUGAGUUUUUAUAGACAUUAUAUGCAAUAAAAUUAAACCUUUAUAUUAGGUUUGGGAAUAUGUUUCAGUCAUGUAAUAAUUACAUGUAGGUAGGUUACAGUGGGUGUGAGGAAGGAGCAAUCAUAGAGAAUGAGCGUGCAUAAUCAGAGAAUAAAAAAAUGAUUUGGAAAUUAUUGAUUCACUGUCUGGUCUGGAAAUAUUUUCUCUGCCACUAAGGCAGCCAAACUCAAACAGACGAAGGCUACAAAGCCAAAUUUACAGGCUAAAUUUCAGUGGUCACUGGUGGGGAAAGGAUGCAGUUAGUUGGUGGGUAGGAGUGAAGGAAGAUUUUAGCAAGCUGUCCCUUUAAGAGGAUAAGCUGACACUGCCCUUUACUUUGUCUAUUUUAAGAAAACACAUGUAAUCUUUCAAGUAUUUUUGCCUGAAAACACAUGCACGCACGCUGUAGUAGCUAAAUGACAAUUUCAGCUCCUACAGCCAUGUCAGCCUGCAUCAUGAACCACAUUCCCUGUGUAUUUUAAUGUAUAUGUCAUAAAUAUAGUACUGAGAUUAUAUUAAGUUAAAAAUUGGAGUGCAAGUCUAUCAAAAUGUACAACAAUCUGCUUCAGUUUCCACAACAACAAAACAUAAAAAUGAGUGUAGAGUCUAUUUAUUCAAGCAUCUCAAAAACACAGACAGGUGAUAAUAUUGCCAAGUAAAAGAGACUAAAUCACAAACCAUACUGUGGCAUCUUACACUAAUAAUACACUAACAUGCAAAAAUUUAAGAGCUAGAAAGAAGAGAGGCUGAUGUUUUAAAUAAAACAAAUACAGUACCACCAGUCUGCAUGAAAAAUCCUUGAAUGAGCGAGUGUACCCAUAAAUAAAUCAAAAAACCCCACAAAGCGCCGAGGAUACCUGAUUUCAGUGGACAAUCCGUCAGAAUAAAAGGCUGGUCCUACAAAGAAAGACAAGAGAGAGAGGGUGCAUGUAGCAGUUUGUCUGUCUGCCUGGUUUUUCUGGCUCCAGAGGAAUUACCAUGCACCGUUCUCAUAUGCCCCAUAUGCUUUUACAUUACAGUGCUGUGUAGCUCAAGCUAUGAAAAAUUCCUGUGUAAUAAUAAAAAACAAAGAAGAGGUGCUUGUUUGACUCUCAAGGUGAAACUGGUAGUCUAACAUAUGAACAGCCCUAUAAAGGAUAUUAAAUUGUCCUGUAGGUGUACAAAAUAUCCAUACAUGUAAAGCCCCCUUUUCAUCAGUUAAUAAAUAAAGAACAAAUGUCAAAAUAGUUGUUCGCCGUGCAGAGAGACAGCUGUCCGCAGAAGAGAGGCCAAUCCUCUGAGUGUGGAAUAUUCCAGUCUGUCAGCGGCGCGCAAUACUGAAUGGCGCAACCCACCGGGGAGGAGUUUUUUUCUCUCGACCAAGGCCUAUAAAUAACCUUAUAAACUGAUUUGAACGCAACCCCUCCCCAACUAAUGUCAAAUGUUCACCUUUAUAACACAAACAAAAUUUUCACAAUGUUUGCCCCCGUUUUGUUCCCCGUUGGGGGCGGGGGGGUUAUUAACGAAGGUAUGAGAGAGAAGAGGGGAGCGGUGUCUACUGCCUCGUGACCUGCAAAUGGAGGAAUGCGCGCACUUGGCAGUCGGAUCUGAGAGUGGAUAUGGAGAAAGGCAGGCCUCUGACACCGCCGACUGCGAUUUUCUGUGUCCUCAAACGCACUAAGCACACGUUCACGCAGCACACCAGAGUGCGGAAUGUUAUGCACCGUGUCGUGGCACACCUUAGAGACCCCCCCCCCCCCUUCUUACGCACGCGAGUAGAGACUCCCCCGCCCCCCACUCCUCUAUUUAAGCGCCUUCACCGAACAAAAGGUAGACUCGCAUCUUGUUUGUUUGUUAUUAUCUGGUCUAUAGCACUUUAAAACACUCGAUGACGGUGGAUCCACCGGUCUUUUGUCUCGAGCCAGAGAGAGCAGGCGCAGGAAUAAGCCCGAAGCACCCCCGGUGUUAUUUUCACCCAGAUACAAAACGACAGGGCUCGCUGCAGAGGAUUCCUGUUGACCUUAUAUGGCAGUGUGGGGGUUGUUGCAACACGCUCCAGCUCUCGUGGCAACCGUCCAGAGCUCUCGGAUUACUGCCGUUGCCAGGGCGAGUCAGCCCAGCAACCGACAGACUGAAUGCAUUUAUUAACGUUUUCUUCCUCAUACGCACUAUCGACUGCUUUAGCUUCGUUUCCCCUUUUACUCGUAGUAAAACAUACACCAUUUUGAGGGGAAAAAAAUCACCCCUGGUUCGGUUGAUGUUAAGACUUCCUGUUGAAUCACCGAGAAAUGUCCUCGGAAAAAGGCUCUCUCCCCGAGUGAACGAGCCUCACCCAGUUAUGGCGCAGCAACAUUUUACAGCACAGUGCUCUCCUUUGUCUGUAAAGAAGCCAUUUUGAGACAGAGAACAGCAGAGAAACCAUUGCACAAGUGUAGCCUACAUAUCACCUAGAGGUGUCUACGGACAAAGGGAAGCAGUGAAAUAUACAAGAUUUUUCCCUUUAAAGACUAAUUUUGCUCGUUUAAGACUUGGAUUACAUGUUUUGAAUGCUAACUGUAAGUUUACAACAUCAAUCAUAAAAAUGCUGGUUACAGUUUUUUAAGCAAAAGUAAAUAUAGUUUUUUGUUGAUAACGUUUUAAUCACGAUUUAUUAUUGUUUCUGUUGUCUGUCCUCUAUGAGAAUACUUACAUGUAGACACACAAACUGGCAAAUUAAGUGAAAUAGCUCAAAAUCCGUUACCUUUUCAAAACAACAUUUCCUUGUGGUUUUAUAUGAUGUAGCUCAGUUGGAAAUGUCGAAAUGGAAGAGGUUAUACUUGACUGCAAUCCUGUCUUCUAGGAGAGAGAGGAGAUGGUUUGCAUAUUGCCCACACAGAUGAUGCUUGAAGAUGCAUAUGCGCUUGCAGAGAGGCAAUGCCUGCCACUGAUCAAAAAGUUUUCAAAAAGAGCUCUAUCUGUCGUGCUAAUGGAUUCCUUCCUUUACAGGAGACGCUUUCCCACCCCUUAUUAAUGCCAUUAUUAGAGGAUCCGAAGAUGGAGCUGAAAACAUUCCUCCUGCCCCUGCGUUUAGGCCUGUUAACUGCAUUUCACCAAAGUGCUGAGGUAAAUAUUUUCACCAUGAGAGUUUUCCCUCCAUCUGUUUCCUCUUAAAUUUGACCGUCUUUUUUAACCGUUGUAUAAACUGUGAAAACGGCUACCUAAUUGAGCUUCUUUAUACAUUUAAAUAUGCCCUUGAGGCAAGGUCAAGCCGACGUUUAGGCUACAUUUGGCUCCUAAAUGGCAAAAGGACAGCACAAACCUAGUCGUGCUUGAAGCUGUCUCCACAGUUGUAGGUAGGGUACAACUCAAGCCACCAGGGUGUUAAGCGUUGCUGUUGUGAGAGGAAAAUGUUUAAAGUCAUUAAUCAAAGCAGAGGGACUAUCAAUCAACAGUCAAAACUGUGGGCAGCACAAUAAACUAUUUUGCAAUAGGGCCAUUAGUUAUCCAUGGCCUGCUUUCUGUCAGUUGAGGAGCAGUGGUAUAUAACCUGGACUGUAGGUUGUAUAUUUAUUAUAUGUCAGCAUGCCAGUGAACAUAUUGAAUACAGUUGGUUGUUACAAAUGUCACAAUUUCUAUGUGAUCAAAGUGAUGAUAGCUCAGUAGAUAAAUUGACAGAAAAUACUUUUUAGAACAUUAAACUGCAUGCCUCACAUUUUACAUUACCAAAUUAUCAAAAUUGUAAAAUUAUUAUAAGAGAGUUGAACUUACUCAUUGCUACCCAUUUCCUAUAAGGCCAUAAGUGCAAUGCCAACAAUCAGCCAUUACACAUUUUGUCACUUUAACUGUGUUCCCUCCCCCUCUAAUUUAACAUCUCUAAAACCAUAAAACUGUUUAUUCACAACAUUUGGUUUCUUUUCACUUAAGAAAUAUAAAUACUAUUAUAUGGGUGUGCCAUGACCUAGUUAAGACAAAGAUGGAUUCCAGGCAGAGGAAAAAAGGCUCAAAAUGUCACAGGGUAAUUACAUCCAGUACAUUCUCUUCCUUCUUCUCAAUCCUUUAAAAGGAGGAAUCAUAGUUUUAUCAUAGUCCGUGAGAGAUGAGGAAAUCAAGUGUAAGAUCCCUUUUGGAACAAAGGAAACCCAUAUAGGCCAUUGAGUCCUGUUUUUUAGGAAAAUGGCUGCCGAGAGCGCUCGGCCCCCUCUCUCUGCUCUCUGUUGAAGGACUCCUGAGCCGUGCCUCUAAUAGCAGACAGCUCCUCUGCUGCUGCGCUCUGAUUGGCCCGCCGAGCUGCCGCUGUUAACCAGCCAAUUGCCCGAGCACUGCAAAACACCAGGCAAUGUCAAACAAAACCCACUUUAUUCGACAGUGUACAGUUAGCAAAAAAGAUAUAUAAAAUUAAAAAACGAGAAAUCCACACGAGUGUAAGGUGAUAUGAUAAAAAGUCCCGUAGUUCUUUGUAAAAAAAAAAAAUAAAAAAAAAAAAAGAAGAAGAAGAAAAAAAAACGACGAACGGUUUGGCACUAGUUUGUUGGAGUGGAUUAGACUAAUUGACAGGGAAAGAGAUGUAACCUAACAAGCCGCCGCAUUCCAACGGUUAUUAACGUUAGCCUGACUGUUUAAUUCAACUCCUAACAACUGAACUUCGUAUAAAAACCUUACUCCUCGGUUAGACCUUUCACGUAAACAGCUAGUGGUCGACAACUAGCUCCACAGCAACGGAAACCCCCCGUUUGCUUAUUUUCGUUCUCAGAUAUUCGUGAACGCCCGCUAGUCUGCGCACAAAAACUUACGACCAAAUGAUUUUUAUUAGCCUCCAGUGGCAGUUAAGAAGAUAUUGCCCCCUGUGUCUAUCUUGUGUUUGCCAUUUAGGUAAAUGCAGUCGGCAGAUUCAACACAAAAAAUGAUUGAGAGGUUUAGCGACACACGACAGUAACCAGACCUAAAAUAAUUUGAUAUAUGCAUAAUACGUUGCUAAUUGAGUCGGAUAAAGUCUUAUAUUUUUAAAUAAGGCAACAAUGUUAGUAUACGAGCAAUGGAGGGAGAGAUAAGUUUGCAGCGAAAGUGCGGCUAGCAUCGGAGGUGGGCAAGCCUAGCGGUGUAUUGUGGGAGAGACAGGAGCCACAGACCAGAGGCACACAAUAUGUGUUGGCUCUCGCCGAAAAGGAGGCAGUAUUCUUCAAGCUAAAUCAUGUAAUGUAAGCGGCGAAAGGAAAGCGAUUUCGUCUUUUCAUCAGUUAGAGAAAAACCACUCGAUCGGGACGAACAAUGUCCAAGCCUGGGGAGAGAAACAGAUUGAACGAAGACCAUGGCAGAAAGCAGAGUUCAAGUUUGGCGAACGGCAUGGACAGUCAUCCCGUCUGCGGCUCGGCGGAGAAGCGGAGUCACCACUGGAGAAGUUACAAGUUGAUUAUCGACCCGGCGCUGAAGAAGGGAUCACACAAACUGUAUCGCUACGAUGGACAGACUUUCAGCAUGCCCAACCCCGGGAUACCACCGGUGGACAUCGUCCGAGACCCGAGGAUUGGCCGUCUCUGGACUAAGUACAAAGAGACGGAUCUUCCGGUGCCCAAAUUUAAGAUCGAUGAGUGUUACAUCGGCCCCGUGCCUCCAAAGGAGGUGACAUUCGCCAGGCUCAACGACAACAUCCGAGAAGGAUUUCUUACGGACAUGUGCAAAAAAUUCGGAGAAAUCGAGGAGGUCGAGAUCCUGUACAAUCCGAAGAACAAAAAACAUCUGGGAAUUGCCAAAGUUGUUUUUGAGACCGUGAAAGCCGCCAAGGUGGCCGUGCAGUCGCUUCACAACACGUCUGUUAUGGGAAACAUCAUCCACGUGGAGCUGGACCCGAAAGGUGAGAAUCGCCUUAGGUAUUUCCAGCUCCUGAUGAAUGGCAGCUACACUCCGAGGACACUGCCUGUUGGUGGAGAGGAGGCCAGAGAAGUUUCCCCUCGAAGCCUGGCAGAAGCCUUACUGGGCUGCGAGCCCAUCCGCCGGUUGUCAGAGAGCAGUGUGUCAGCUGUGGGAUCGACAUUACCGCCCAGCAGCUCCACCACUCCUCUGUCCCUGGAGACGGGAUACUCCACCGGAAGGCAGGACACACCCCAGUCGCAGGGAACCCCUCAUACCCCACGCCAGUCAAGUACGCCCUUCUCUCAAGACUCCAAUUAUUCCAGUCGGCAGUCCACGCCUGCGUACCAGUCCAGCCGGCCCGAGAGCUCCGGAGGAUACAAAUCCCGGAGACAUGAGAGUAAGUUCCAGGAUGCGUACAACCGGAGACCAGAGAGGCCUCAGUACCGGAGCAAUAUGUACCGAACUACGACAUCUGAACAAGCUCCCUUCAAACAGCACCAACUCACCCCACCGGAACGCCACCCUCCACCUCCUUCCUUCACCUACACUGCGCCUCCCCCUGCUACCCCCAACUUCAAGUCCGCUUUCUCACCCUACCAGGCCCCUUUGCCCCCCGCGUUCCCCCCGUCAGAACCAGCUUUCCAUCACCCAGCCCAAAGGGAGGGUGAGUACCUCCGACCGCCGCAGCCGCCCCUGGCGGCUGCUACUGACUUUUUGCCCGUCAAGGAGAGACCGGAAACUCCUCCAAUCCCCGAGCCACCGCCUGAGCCCGUUGCUCAUCCAACCACCCCUCCACCCCAAACACCCGAACACUGCCCCUCACCCGGGUCCCCUGCGCUGGAUCCAGAGCGCAAUAGCCUGGAUUCCCGCAUUGAGAUGCUCCUCAAAGAGAAAAGGACAAAACUGCUGCCAUUCCUGGAGGAGCGAGACUCGGACACUGAGGUGCGGAUGGAGGGAAGUCCGAUUUCCUCCUCAUCCUCUCAGCUAUCCCCAAUCCCCCCGUACACGAGCGGCUCUCAAGGUGGGCAGCAAAACUCCCGUCCCUCUAGCACAGGCUUGGAGGAUAUCAGUCCGACCCCACUGCCAGACUCGGAGGAUGAGGAGCCAAUUCUUGGAACUGCCUCUCUGAUCAAGAGAAUGAGCUCUCCUGUCCACGAUAAGAUGAGCAACAGUGACCUCAAAGAUGGACAUUUUCGAGGCCACACUCCCACUGAUAAAAUGGACACGGGUCAUCAGUCGUCAGGGGAAGAUAUGGAAAUCUCAGACGACGAGAUGCCUGGGACUCCAAUCACCAGCGGAGACUGCAGCAAGGGCAUCGUUGUCAACUCUGCAGUGUCCCCAAUGCAGACCAUCCCCAUCCCUCCCCCCGGUUUCCCCCCUCUUCCGCACCAAGCCGGCUUCCCGAUCCCGCAUCACCACCUGCCCCCUCACUCUGCCGUCCCAGGACAUCCUCACCUGGCUGGUCAUCCUGGAGUGCCUCCCCAUAUGCUGCCACCCAUGGGUCCCUACCCUCAUAGCAUGAUGCCACUGGUGCAAAUGGAGCUGAUGAACUGCUUGCGGUGGGAACAGUGGAGCACGGUUCCCAUGUCGUUCCAGAUGCAGCAGCAGAUGUUGAGUCGCAUAGCUCAGACUAGAGGGCCCUAUGCUUAUCCACAUUUUAUGGACAGUGGUGCAUCGGGGCCGUUUGUCGGGCCUUACCCGCCUCUGUCUCUAGGUGCUGCGCCCACGAGCGGCAGCGCAGGGGCACCUGGACAGCAAUGGCAGCAUCCCAGCAUACCAAAGUUCAACCCUACUGUUCCUCCUCCUGGGUAUGAGAGCAAAAAGGAAGAUCCGCACAAGGCCACUGUUGACGGUGUGCUGCUGGUCAUUGUCAAAGAGCUGAAGGCCAUCAUGAAGAGGGACCUCAACCGUAAAAUGGUGGAGGUGGUGGCUUUUAGAGCUUUUGACGACUGGUGGGAUAAGAAGGAACGCUCAGCCAAAGCAUCUUUGACUCCAGUGAAGGGCGCGGAGGGGAAAGAGGAAGAAAGACCCAAACCCAAAGAGACAAUGGGUUCGAGUCUCCUGGAGAACUGGAACAAGGGUGAGGGACUGGGCUAUGAGGGAAUGGGCCUGGGAAUUGGUUUGCGAGGAGCCAUCCGCCUGCCCUCCUUCAAGGUGAAAAGGAAGGACCCACCUGAGGCCACAGCAGUAGGCGACAACAAACGAGCCCGACCCUCCACUCCAGUGGACGACGAGCUUGAGGAUGAAGACCGGGAUCGAGACCCAGCUGAGCUCCCCUCGGAAGAUUCCAAAAUGGACGGCGACGGCAUGGCUGCAAAGAGACGACACUCGCGGCCGCUUGAACUGGACAGUGAGGGAGAGGAGGAGGUGGACACCUCAGGGAAGGAGGAGGAGUCUUUGUCUGACAGGGAUGGGGAACCUGAUGAAACGGAGGCUACAGACAGGGUGUCGUCGGACAAAGAGAGUGGUGAUGAGGAUGGUGAUGAUGAAGACGAGGGAGACUCAUCCAGCGAGAGCACUUCCUCAGACUCAUCUGAUGAUGAAGCCGAGAGUUCAGCUUCCUCCAAGGCUAGCUCAGACUCUUCGGCAGAAAGCGAAGACUCCUCAGAGUACGAGUUAAGCUCGGAAGAGGAGGACGAUGACGAGGACGAAGGCAGGGCAGCGACAGAGGAUGAAGGCAAAGAGGCAGCCACGUCCUCGUCCUCUUCAUCCUCAUCCUCUUCGUCUUCUGAUGAGGAGGAGGGGAAGGCGGAGGCAAAGCCUCCGAGCCCUCCUCCAAGACCGGUCCUAGAGGAUAAGGAAGACAAGAGGAGCAAGGAGGAGCCAAGCAGCAAGCUCAAACGCAGACCUCCGAGUCCUGAGGAGGAGUUAAUGGAGGACCUGAAGCCACCAUCACCUAAAGACAUCCGAGUCAAAGAGCGAGACAUCAGAGAUGGCAACAUUCCUGUAGUGAAGGCUGAACCUCAGGAGCAUGUAGCGAACCUGCGGCCACCCACUCCCACAGGCGCCCUGCCCGACAGUGACCAGGAGAUGAAAGCCAAAGGUAAAGCAGAGCCCCUGGAAGUAGCCUGCACCCCAGGUCGAUUAGCCCCACCCCACUUAGAUUCAAACACGCCUGUCCCCAAAUCCGUCUCCACAUCCUUAAUGCACCUCCCGCUCCCUACUCACCCAGCGACAGAAGGUCGCUCCCUCCUUCAUCCACCACCUGGUCCCCUACCUGACCUCCCACAGCGGGCCAGGCUCCCCACAGAUGAGGAUAUCCCCCGCACACCGGGCAGGGACCUGAUGGAGCGUGCCCGGAGUCUGGGCAAGUCCCAGAGCACGGACACGGUGCCCAUCACGCCCGGCAGUGAUGCCCCACUCACAGGCAGCAGCCUGUUGCUUAGCUCCCCUCACAUCCCUGGUAGCCCCUUCUCCUACCCUGCUCAGUCCCCUGUCCUUAGUGCCGGAGUUCCCCGCACUCCAGGAAGAGACUUAACCUUCACCCCUGUCUUCCCUGACCCCACAGCACUAACUCUUAAUAGAAAGGUAUCCUCUGAGAGCCUGGAUGAUAGACCAGUUUUUAAAGAGCCGCCCAUUAGUGCACUGCCUAACCAAGCCCUGUCAGCUGGCACAGAGCACUCAGCCAGUGUCCCUGAAGAUCUGCCUGCUGGUCUCACUGUAGACGUCCCUGUGCCAUCAGACACUGCCCCAUCAAAGAGGAAACCUGGACGACCCAAAACCAAAAAGAUCCCAGCUGCCUCCGCGGCCGAUGAGUCUUUGGAGCUGUCAUCGGAGUCCACCCCUCACGAUGUGCAUCCCGCAGAUCUCUCCAUGCAAAUGAUGUCCACCAAGUCUCCCAGCCACCCGAUCCUGGACUUCCGGGAAGGAGAGGCGGAGCCUCAGACAGUCCUCCCUGCUGAAGACGGUUACCUGUCCUACAAAGAGGAGCCGGCCGUGGCCGUGAAGCCUGCUCGGAGGGCGCGGCGAGGCUGGGAGGAGCUGCUGCUGGACAGCCUGUCCCCUGUCACCACACCUCCCCGGCCGUACUUCAACCCACGGUCUGAGUUUGAGGAGAUGACCAUCCUGUACGACAUCUGGAACGAGGGCAUAGAUGAGGAGGACAUUCGGCUCCUGCAGAUCACGUAUGACAAGAUGCUCCAGCAGGAUAACGGCAAUGACUGGCUCAAUGACACACUGUGGGUCAACCAUCCUCCUACCAACAUCCCUGGAGUGAAGAAAAAGAGGAGAGACGACGGCAUGAGGGAUCACAUGACCGGCUGUGCCCGAAGCGAGGGAUACUACAAGAUCGACAAGAAGGACAAGAUCAAAUACCUUCAGAGCACACGGCUGCAGUCGGAGGAGCCGCCAGUCGACACACAGGGUAUGAGUAUUCCUGCACAGGUCCACGCUUCUACCAGAGCUGGGUCAGAGCGGCGGUCGGAGCAACGACGUUUGCUGUCCUCAUUCGCGUGUGACAGUGACCUGCUGAAGUUCAACCAGCUGAAGUUCCGAAAGAAGAAGAUCAGGUUCUGCAAGUCGCACAUCCACGACUGGGGUCUGUUUGCCAUGGAGCCCAUUGCUGCUGAUGAAAUGGUCAUCGAGUACGUGGGACAGAACAUCAGACAGGUGAUUGCAGACAUGCGGGAGAAGCGCUACGAGGAGGAGGGCAUUGGUAGCAGCUACAUGUUCCGCGUUGACCACGACACCAUCAUAGAUGCUACGAAGUGCGGCAACUUUGCCCGUUUCAUCAACCACAGCUGCAAUCCUAACUGUUAUGCAAAGGUCAUCACAGUGGAGUCUCAAAAGAAGAUUGUGAUCUACUCCAGGCAGCCCAUCAAUGUCAAUGAGGAGAUCACAUAUGACUACAAGUUCCCCAUCGAGGACGAGAAGAUCCCCUGUUUGUGUGGGGCAGAGAACUGCAGAGGAACGCUGAAUUAACGUCCGCUCGAGGUCAGAUGAAUCUCCUGCAGGGUGUAAAAGCGCUUUCCCCUGAACCUUUCUUCAAGUUUUCCCUGGAUAUACACACACACACACACACACAGAGCAGACACGCAUACACUCUGACUCUAUGCCAACACCCCCGCCCUUGUGUAACGAGGAGGAACUGUGGAAGGGAAGGUUUUAUUCAGGAGCAAGGGGAAGAAACCUGCAAGUCGCCUGGAGAGAGUUUAAGCUACCUGUACGGCACUCACUUCACAUAUUUAACUCUAGAUUGUUUACGAUUCAUGGUGCUCUUGAAAUGAAAAAUGCAUAGUUUUUUAUGUAUGCCAGUGACCCAGAAUUUACAAAACACUUGACUUGCUGGUGCAGCAUCUCCCUCCCCCUCCCUCCUCUCAACGUUGGACAGUAUUUCAGCAUGGCUCCUUCCACAUCAAGUCCUGGUUUGUACAGUUUUAAACUUUUUUUUUCCCUCUAUCUCAUUUGUCUCAUAAGCUUCACGUACACCACACGUGAUACAACAAAAAAAAAAGAAAAAAAGAAAAAAAAAAACAACACAAACUCACAUGAUCAGCUGCUUUCUAACACUGUUGAGACGCACAAGCCCACCAGGAAAACAAAGCACCUCUCUGUGGGAGAAGGACGUGGUCGUCACGGAUGCGGAUGGAAGGUGACGAGCGCCGUUUCCAUCCAGCGGUGGGAGGACGGUGGAGCUCCUACCUCCUCUGCACCAGUUUUCUUGGAAACGAAUCAAACUGAUGGGGGAAAAAAAAAAAUUCAAGCAACAAAAAUGAUUAAAUCCUGCCACAAAAUCUGGACCUUUUUUUGGAAAUCGCACCUGCUUUCACCAGCCAAUGAUGGAUCGUGCUGCUUCCUAUUAGUUUAUGCAAAAGUUAAAGAUGAUGUGCAAAAUUUGUAUUAAUGACUAUUCCAGUGUUUUCCAGUUUUGUUUAGGUAGUAGUUCUCCUGUUGCUUGUUUCCUUCAAAAGACACUAUAUUUGUGUGUGUGUGUGAAUGUGGUUGAAUGUGUCAGGCUUCUGAUUUAAGAGUAUUUAUCAACAUAUGUGUGUGUGUGUGUGUGUGUGUGUGUGUGUGUGUGCGCGCGCGCGCAAGUGUGAAUGUGAGAGCACUGCCCCCUGUAGGCCAGAGUGCAGAAGGCCAACCAAUCAUGCAGAGCAAGAAAAUUGGAAAUUUAAUCAGUUCCUGGGCAGCAUCUGAAAGUACUUCCUAAACUAAAACUUUUCAGCUUCGGAAGAAAGAAUUAUUUCUUGUUUAAAGUGCCAUAUGAAUGUGUAACUGUCCUCGGUUAACCUGAGCAGACAGGUGACAGGUAUAAAAAGUCUGUUUUUUUUUCUUUCAGAGAGCUGUCACCUGCAGCUGUGGUAACAUGCAUGUGUAAAGAGUUGCUGUCUGUUUUGUUUUGGUUUUUUUUUUAUCACUGGCAUGGCCGUUUGGUGAUGAUGAUGAUGAUGUUUUAGCCUCAUCUGCACCUGAGGUCUCAUGUCUGUGUGCUCGUAAGAUUCCUCUUCAGCUGCGACACUUAUUACUCUACCAGUGUUUAACGUUUCUUGCGAGACAGAAGUGUUCCUAUGACUUCCUCAUCGCAGUCAGCGAGGGCCGUUCUUUCGUUAUAUGAUCUGAAAAAAAAAAAUAUUUGAAUGCACUCGAGGCUUGCACUUCUCCUAUACGCCCUCUUCGAUCAGCCCCCCCCUCCCAAAAAAAAACCAAGUCAGUCAUUGCUUUUCACGCCUUUCAUUCAGUUGGAUUGAUUACAGAGAUUUCUUCCUCCUUUUUUUCCACCAGUGAUGUUUAUAUUGUAUAUGAUUACUUGUACAGAAGAUCUAAAGCUUUUUUAUCUUCACAGGGGUGACACUUUUAAGACGCAUCUUUAUCCCUCUCCCUCUCUUUUUUUUUUUUAAACAAAAGACUGAGUAUUUAAAACUAUUUUCAGGGAUCUGUAAAAGGAAUCUGAGGGUUUAAAAGGUCGUUUAUUUAAAGAAAAGGUCCACUGUGUACAGGAAAAGUCUCCACCUCCCUUUUUGAAAGAUUGUUUCUUGUAGAAACGUCUUCAUUUUCUGCCCAUUUGCUUUAUAAUCCUAAAAUGUGUAAAUACUGUAACUGUGAAUACUAUAUAAAUAUAUAUAUUUUUGUUCCCUGGGAUUUGCUACAUGAACACAGCUCAGAGGUCUAUGUAACAUAUGAGGCGAGCGAUGAGCUGGUAGCAGGAAAUUCAGCUUGUGUCAAGCUUUGUUUUUUUAUUUUCUGUUGUAAAUUCUAUGAAAAGUUGUUUGCGGUGUGGAGAAGAAAAAAAAAAACAAGGUGCAGAAUCGGCAUGGGAAGAGGAUUGGAGCGUCAGCCCGUUUCUCAUGUCUAUUUAUUACACAACAAAUGUAUGAAAAAGGAAAAAAAAUGGAAAUAAAGCAAUUUUGCAUACAUCCAUAAA